AUGAAUACAGUUUUUGCAUGCCUGGCUAUUUUUGUUUUUGGGAUCUACUGCUCUCCAGUUCCACAAAACGCAGCUGCUUACACCGAUCCAGCAUGUCCAGGAAAUAUCAAAAACCUAUGGUUGGAUGUUGUUGUAGUUGUUGAUAGAUCCAUGCAAAUGACAGAUGCCCAAUUAUGGCAGGUUCGACAAACUCUAACUCAAGUUUUUGGGUCGGAUAUCAGAAUCGGAACGGGAUAUUCGGACAAACGUAGUACAUGUGUUGGAUUUGUGACAUACAAUAGUAACGCUACAGUAACCGCUGAACUGGAUAUUGCAAAAAGUUUCCCCGAUAUUUAUAAUAUUAUUCAAGGAUCACUUGUUGAUGUCGCAUCGACAAAUGCCUCAUCUCUUGGAGAAGGACUUUUGGCAGCUCAACGUGUUCUGAAUUCCGGAAGACAACGCACCAAUCGAUAUAAUGUGAAACAGGUCAUUCUUGCAUUUGCAGCUGAUUUUCAGGACGAGUUUAGCAAUCUGAAUGCAAUAGAAUUGUCACGUGAUCUACAAUCAAAUGGAAUCUCUAUAAUUACCGUGGCAUGCACAAAAGACAGCUAUGCACUGCCAAGAAUAAAUAUGUGUGCUACUCCAGGGUAUGCUUUUGUCGAUGAAAUGAAUACGUCAAAGCUUGUAAAACAAUUGACAGGUGCUCUUAUAAACAUUAACUGCUUCUGCCCAGAAGAUUGGGUUCAAUACACGGGAUCGGAUAAGAAAAAACUAGGAGUUUGUAUCAAGGGAUUCGACUUUUCCGGUUCCGCAUGGGGAUAUGACCAUGCUGUUCAAUAUUGUCAGAACCAAGUAAGCAGAGGACAUUUGGCUAACGAGUUCAGCAAGGAAAAGCAUGACUUCAUAAAUCUCUACAUGAUGAAUACAUUCAAUCGUGGGAUGCAUCUUGACUACUCCAUUGGACUACGUUAUUUAAAUUCCACUUGGGUCUGGGAGGAGCCAAAGGGACAACCAAAACUUCCGUUGAAUCCUGAUAUUUAUUCAACAUGGGCACCAGGAUACCCACAGAAAAACUCAACUGGGCAAGUAGUUGGUGUUAAAGCGAAUGGAAUUUUGACCAAUUGGGUGGGCAGUGCAACUUCGGAAUGGCUGUUUGUCUGUCAGGUUCAGUCAAGCAGCACAGAGCAUUACACAACAUAUGUGGAGCAGCAGUGA